AAGGACAGAGACUGCUUUUCAAGCUCAUGUUGCUGCUCCUUGGUAUACAGCUGCUCUGAAUAAGCAAACUCCACAGAAAAGAUGAAAUUUGAGGAUCUCCUGCUGGAAAUUGGUGGCUUUGGCAGAUUCCAGAUUUUUAUUUUGUUUAGCCUCUGCCUCCCAAGGAUCAACCUUCCCAUGCACUUCCUGCUGCACAAUUUUCUUGCUGCUACUCCCCGUCACCACUGUGCAAUUCCACACCAAGAGGCAUUUGUGAACCUCACCACGGAGGAAGUUCUGCUCAUCAGCAUCCCCCAGGAGCCCGACGGCACUUUCAGGUCCUGUGAGAUGUUUGUGCAGCCUCAGUUCCAUCUGCUGCUCAACUCCUCUCUGCAACCAGAAAACAACUCCAUCAUCCAGAACUGCCAGCACGGAUGGGUCUAUGACCACUCACAGUUCACCUCCACCAUCUCCACCCAGUGGGACCUCGUGUGUGAGCAGCGUGGACUGAACCAGGCAACCGCAACCUUCUUCUUCAUCGGCGUCACGGUGGGGGCUGUGGUGUUUGGAUACCUUUCAGACAGGUUUGGACGGAAAGCCAUGCUGCUGCUGUCACUGGUGUGCUCCGUCAUAUUUGGGAUGCUCAGCGCCGCCUCCGUCUCCUACAGCAUGCUGGCCAUCACACGGACCCUCACCGGGGUGGCCCUGAGCGGCGUCUCCCUUAUUGUUUUGCCUUUGGGGAUGGAGUGGGUGGACAUCCAGCACCGCACCUUCUCUGGCGUCCUGACCAGCAUCUUCUGGAGCAUCGGGAACAUGCUGCUGGCCACGGUAGCCUACUUGGUGCGGGAAUGGCACUGGCUAUUGGUAGCCGUAACAGGACCUUGUCUUCUGAGCAUCGUCAGCCUGUGGUGA